ACACCCCUCCCUUUUUUCCCCCUUGCUGGAUUUCCAUCCCAACAUCUGUCUGCAGAGCAGAGGGCAAAGAGGCACGCCGCGGAGGAGGAGCCCUCCCGUUCUCUGUACACCUCCUCGUCCAACAAAAGAUCUUCGAUAAGUGUCGUCAAGAUCGAAGGCCAUGGAAUAAAAGGGACUCUUGGAACAUUUUGUGUCGUAAUAAGCAGGAUAUGUGACUUUUUCCUGAUCCUGUGGGGGUGACGGAAAUCAUCAGAAUGAUCUCUGCGAAGGAAAGGCAGAAGAGGAAACUCUCCAAGGACAGCAUGACUUUGCUUCCCUGCUUCUACUUUGUUGAGCUCCCCAUUGUGGCUUCAUCGAUCGUUACCCUUUACUUCCUGGAACUGACGGACCUGUUCAGACCCGCGAAGGUGGGCUUCCAGUGCUAUGACCGAGCACUCAGCAUGCCCUACGUGGAACCCAGUGAGGAACUUAUCCCAUUACUGAUGCUCCUCAGCUUGGCAUUUGCUGGUCCAGCGGCCUCUAUUAUGAUUGGCGAAGGGAUUGUCUACUGCUGCCAGUCAAAACUGAAGAAUAAAGAACGUUCUGAAGGCAGCAUUAACGCAGGUGGCUGCAACUUCAACUCCUUCCUGAGGCGCACCGUAAGGUUUGUUGGUGUCCACGUCUUUGGACUCUGCGCCACAGCCCUUGUGACCGACAUCAUUCAGCUGGCGACUGGCUACCACGCCCCCUUCUUCCUCACCGUGUGCAAGCCAAACUACACCCAGCAUGGUAUCUCCUGCGACCACAACCCUUACAUUACCAAGGAUAUCUGCUCCGGCUCAGACCAUCACGCCAUUGUGUCUGCAAGGAAGAGCUUCCCGUCCCAACAUGCCACAAUCUCCGCCUUUGCCGCAGUUUACAUCUCGAUGUACUUUAACUCCACGAUAUCUGACUGCACCAAGCUGCUGAAGCCAGUUCUGGUGUUUGCCUUUGCAAUUGCUGCAGGAAUCUGUGGCCUGACCCAGAUCACUCAGUACAGAAGCCACCCGCUGGAUGUGUACGUGGGCUUCAUCAUUGGGGCGGGGAUCGCUGCAUAUCUGGGGUUUCACGCGGUGGGGAACUUCAAGGCAUCGGAGGAUACCUCUCCCAGCAGACCUUCUCCGAAGAGUGGGCUGAGGCCCCUGACACACCUCCGCCACGACUCGGUCUAUCAGCAGAGCAAAUCCCUCAGCACGGACGAGCUGAACCCACAGCCCAGGCUCGAUGGGUUGGAGCAGCAGCUGGCGCAGAGAGAGAAGAAUUCCCUGAACAGCCUGAAGCGGGCGAGUGUCGACGUGGAACUGCUGGCGCCACGCAGCCCAAUGGGGAAGGAGAACAUGGUGACCUUCAGCAACACCCUGCCCCGCGUCAACACCCCCAACCUGGAUGAGGCUGCCCGCCGUCACAUGACCAUCCACGUCUCCAUGGAUGCCUCUCGGUCCAAGCAGCUGAUUUCCCAGUGGAAGCAAAAGUCAAUCGAUGGCAUGUCGCUGGAUCACGACCCAGCCAUCAGCCAGUCGCAGCCCCAGAUGCGGGCAGCUUUGGAGCUGAGAGGUGCGGGCUUCGACCAAGAGGACGCUGCCCCCUCAUCUCUCUAUCCCACGGUGCAGGCCAGGAGCUCGGAGAGAGGCGGCGGUGCCCGGGUCCUGAUCCAGUCGAGGCCUGGGCCAUCCCAGCUGGUUCACAUCCCCGAGGAGACCCAAGGGAAUGCCAGCACCUCCCCCAAGAGUAACUCAGCUCGGGCCAAGUGGAUGCUCAUGGCAGAGAAGGGAGGAGUGCCGCGACCCAACAACCAGCCCCGCAUCAUGCAGGUCAUUGCAAUGUCGAAGCAGCAAGGCAUGAUAACCGUGACCCCAAAACACUCCGAGGGCUCCAGCAGCUCUGAGUCCUCCCACUACAAAUCUCCCUCUGACCGUGACUCUUCCAGCAUCGUCACCGUUGAUGCCCACGGAUCCCAUCCGGUCGUGCAUGUUUCCUCCGGGAAUGGUGGUGGACCCUGGGAAUGGAAGUCCCCUCAGGGCAGCAUGGACAUCCACGAGGCUUACGAACUCAAUGACCUGAACCGGGACUACAGGAGCUACAGAUCGGCCAAGCCGAACGGCAACUCUCCCGGUUCCUCUGCCAGCGACCUGGAACAGGAGGACACGCGCUUCUGCAGCGUCGCCACCAUCAACGUCACCGGGGCCGAGAGGAGCGAAACCAAUUCGGAUACGCUGACCAUUGGCUCGAGCCAGGACUCGACGCUCAGGAGAAAGCCCAACACUGUUUAUCUGGGGGAGCGGGAAUACCACGCUGAUGGCGAGCAGGAUGCUUACUUGAAGAAACUUCAAGCUAACAGGAGAUUCAAAGACUAGACUGGUCCUUUUGAAAUGGAGUGACAACUCUUGUUCUGAACCACUCGGAGCAGUAACUCCCUGCAGUUCCAAACUGUUUGGAAUUGGUUAUAGAUGUAACGCUUUUGUUCCCACAUGAAACCUGACAGGAACAGUUGCCUUGGAUUUCCUGCUAUCAGAUCUUUACAGAUGAUAAUUCAAAGUCCUCUUCAAAAUCGAUUUCUUUAUAGUUUUUCCCUUCAAACAAAAGACAUGCUAAAGGCUAGAAGUAGAGACCAAGGUCAAAUAAUCCAACCUUCCGGGAUAUUGGUUAGACAUUAUCUGGAAAGAAUUGCAUUUAAUAGCACCUUUCAUGACUCAAGGACUGGACCAUGGCUAAUUAGUGACUUAAGAGGCCUGGAUAUUAUGGUUUGUUUAAACUCGCAUGAUAUUUGUGUUUUUAUCGACUUCGGGGUUUUGGAUUUGUUGCCCAGCAUUUAAGUUGUGGUUUUAAAUUAGUCAUGGCUGAGGAAAUGAGAAAUGAAAUUUGUGUAAUUUGUAGUUCACCUGAUGGUGUAAUUUGUUUUACCGUAGCUUCCUGGUAUACUGGCCAACAGAAUUUGCAGAAUACACGUGGAGAUAAAGAUCUAGUACAUCUGUGCCAAACUAUUGCCAACCUUUACAACAAAGGGUUUGGUGUGACCUUGCUGAUGGUCCUAUUGCAUAAGAGCUACUUUGGUGCUAAAAUCUUUUGAUUAACAAUGUUACUGUUUAUAAACCAGCCAGCAAAGUUUCCUUGCUCCAUGAGGCAUCAAUCUGGAACUCAGAACAACGAAACAAAUGCACAAUCCUGCAGAUGCUGGAAGUGUGAAAUAAAACCGGUACCGGUUGGAUCCCAGCAAGUCAGGCUGCAUCCGUAGAGAGAAACAGAAUUAACUGUUUCGGUUGUUUCAGUUCGAAUUCCGGUAAAAGGUCAUCUUAUUGUAAUAUUAACUCAUUCACCCCAGACGUUGCCUGACUCCAAGUAUUUCCAGCUAUUUUCUGUUUAUGUACGAAUAAUUGUGAAUUAAUCCUAACACGUGAUCACCAUGAGAUAGAAGAAAAUGAAACCCCUAAGACAGAUCUACUGGAAAACAGAUUAUUAGGUCUUAAUGUAGGACAGGAAUUGUCCGGUUUUGAAAUGCAAGCAAUAUAUUGGAAUGCAAUACAUUAACUGUUGGAGUCUAUGUGAAUACCCACACCAACUGGGACGUGGAUGACAAUUGCUGCUGUCUGUAGUGUUUAUCUCGUUGGUAGGUUAUAAAUGAACUUUGCACCUCGUAAUUUAGCAAUCCCAGAUGGCAAAACUCAUUCCAAAGCCAGCACUGUGACGUUCUCACAUGUUUGGGUCAGUCGAACCAGUUCUUAGCCACUUGCUAAUCUGUCCAAUCCACUGAAUGUGCACCUCCAGCUGCCCAGGUUACCUUGCUGUCAGACUGACACACACACAAACACAUAGAAACUGGAGAGGCCUUACAGCCCCUCAAGCUCAUUCUGCUGAAUGUCCCCUCCUAUUGCUGAAGAUCGAAUUGGGUGGAAAAUGAUGAUUCAGUCAUGAAGAAGUCAGAUCAAGUGAGCAAUCAGCUGUUUUUAGCUUCAGGUCUGAAGUGUCCACUUUGCACAGAAUAAAGGCAAUGUCUUGAUUCUUUUAGAUUAACCAUUUAGUGAUGAAAUGAAUUCCUGAUGAUUAGGAGUUUUACAGGAUUAGAAACCUAUUGAGAGCCAUUUUUAUGGAUGUCACUGGCUUAUUCCGAAAGCUACACAGAAUAUUUACUCUGAAAACACUAGCCUGCUCGAUGUUUAGCAACAGUCAUGUUGCGCAGGAUGGCUGGUCAGUUUUAUUUUUCAGCAUUAGUUGGUAAAGCCAGCACACCUGAAGCGGAGAGUUGACCCUUGGACCUCUGUUUGGACCUUUGGCAGGGUUAUACAGCCACAAUGCCACUCAUCCUAG